AUUUUGGGGGGUUUUGGGUUUUUUUUGGGGUGUCCCGGCACGCAGCGGGCCCCGCUCGGGUCGGGAUGGCGGCGUUGCCUCCGCGAGAGUUCGCGGCGCAGGUGCUGCCCGGCUGCGUGGUGCCCACGGCGCGCCAGGGCCUGGCCCAGCUCUGGCCGCUGCUGCUGCUUUGCCUCGGGGCGCGGCUGCUGCACCGGCUGCCCCUGCCGCGGGGGGGGAAGCACGCGGGGGCGGCGGCCGGGGGGCUCCUGGCCCUGCACCAUUUCUUCGGGGCCCAGGCGCUGUGGGUGGCCCUGCUGAGCGGGCUCUGCGUCCUCACCCUGCUCCUGAGCCGGGCCCGCGCCCACAGGGGGCUCUGCCUCGCCCUGGCCGCCCUCAGCUACCUGCUCAUGGGGGAGCUGCACAUGGUGGACACGGUCACGUGGCACAAGAUGCGAGGGGCACAGAUGGUGGUGGCCAUGAAGGCCGUGUCGCUGGGCUUUGACCUGGACCGCGGGGCCGGCGGGGCGGGCGCGGCCGAGCCCAGCCCCGCGCAGGUCCUGGGCUACCUCUGCUCGCCCGGCUCCGUGGUCUUCGGGCCCUGGGAGCCCUUCGGCGCCUACCUGAGAUCCGUGGAGGGGCCGCCCCUGAGCGUGGCCUGGGCGCGGAAGGGGCUGCGGAGCCUGGGGCUGGCCCUGCUCUGCCUCCUGGUCAGCACCUGCCUGGCGCCCUUCCUGUUCUCCAGCCUGCUGCCCCUCUACGGGGCGCGGGCCCUGCGCAGGAGCGUCUUGGCCAGGUGGCUCCGUGCCUACGAGAGCGCCCUCUCGUUCCACUUCAGUAACUACUUCGUGGCCUUCCUGUCCGAGGCCACGGCCACGCUGGCCGGCUCCGGGGCCACCGUGCGCCACGAGCACCUGCACUGGGACCUGGCCGUGUCCCGGCCCCUGCGGGUGGAGCUGCCGCGCUCCAUGGCCGAGGUGGUGACAAACUGGAACCUGCCCAUGUCCCGCUGGCUGCACACCUACGUGUUCCAGACUGCUCGCUGCCUGGGCACCUUCGCCGCCGUGCUGGGCACCUACGCGGCCAGCGCCCUGCUGCACGGCCUCAGUUUCCACCUGGCCGCUGUGCUGCUCUCCCUGGGCCUCAUCACCUACGCCGAGCACGCCCUGAGGCAGCGCCUGGCCGCCAUCUUUGACGCCUGCGUGCUGUCCAAGCGCUGCCCCCCGCGCUGCAGCCACCGCCACAAGGACACGCUGUGGGUGCGGGCUCUGAACAUGGCCCUGGGCGCCCUGACCCUGUUCCACCUGUCCUACCUGGGCGCCCUGUUCGAUGUGGAGGCUGAGGACGCCGUGGAGGAGCAGGGAUACGGCAUGGCCUACACGGUGCGCAAGUGGUCGGAGCUGAACUGGGCCAGCCACUGGGUGACGCUGGGCUGCUGGGUGCUGGCCCGGCUGCUGCGCUGAGGCUCCGGGAGGGCACUGGGAGCGACCGGGGGGAACUGGGAACACUGGGAGGAACUGGGAGCGGCUGGGAGGACCGGGCGCCACAGAGAGAGCGGCCGUUCCGCCGCGCGGGGACCGCUCCGCGCCGCCGGAAGCGCCUCUCGAUGGUCCCGACUUCCCCUUCGCGGGGUUUCCCGCCCUUCCUCGGGCGGAAGUGGCGCCGUGCGACCGCUCUGGGACCAAUAAAGCCUCGCCUCGA